CAGGGUUGCCUGUUUGGGGCCUUCCUAUGGAGGUCUUUAUCACACAUUGUACAGUUGGUUCAGAACAAACACAUGAAAUCAGAUCCUGCCUUUGUUGAUCUCCUUGGACAUGUUAGGAUUGGCAAUGCAUCCACAAAGACUUCUGACAGGUAUUCUGAUUUCAAUCUGUUACAGUCGAGGCAGCUGACACAUUUGCAAAAGCACAUGGCAGAGGAUUUUGCUACCUUUCACAGCGCUCUCAUCAUUUUUGGUGAACAGCAUUUGUGCGAUCGAUGGAACGAAGAAAAGGCAUUGUCAUUCACAUCUGCAUUGGGGCAGGAACUCAAUUUUUAUUACACAGAACACUUUUGUCAAGGAGAGUGUGUAACUGGCACUGACAAUGACCACCGCACAUUUGUAUGCUCUAAAGAAUCUAAAGACUACCUUGGGCAUCUACCUCUCCUACCUGGAAUGCCUGUUCUAAUUACAGAAAAUCUC